GCCGGGUCACCGACUGGGGUUGCAGCGGCGGACGCGGCGACAUGAGCGGGGCGAGGGUGACGGCCGGGCUUCGGCCGCUCAGCUCGGGGGCCCUGGGCUCCCGGGGCGCGUCGCGCCCUCGGCCACCCGCAGCCCCGCAGCAGUCAGGGCAGCGUGGCGCGCAGCACGGGCUCGGGGAGGCGCAGAAGCGAAUCCUGGACCUGGAGAAGAGCCUGCAGUUCCUGCAGCGGCAGCACUCGGAGAUGCUGGUCCAGCUGCACGAGGAGAUCGAGCACCUGAAGCGGGAGAACAAGGAUCUCCAUUACAGGCUGAUAAUGAAUCAGAAGCCCCAAAAAACAGCCAACUCUCAAGGCAAGGGCAGGGCCCAGCCCAGCUCUCCCAAGAAGCAAGACUCGAAAGCUGACACUUCCAAGAAGAUGGGCCUGGAAGAGGGGCCCCCAGCUGCCGCCAUGCUUCACAACAGCAAGCUGGACAAAGCCCUUGGGGUGCAGAGGCAGGCCAAAGAUGAGGACGUGGAGGCCCCUAAUCCAGCGGCCACCUUGCUGUCGGGCGGCCAGCACAAGGGGAAGCAGCCCUCAAGCCUGCCCCCACUCCUGCGCAAGCCCAACAUUCAGCAGUGCGAGGUGGUCAUUCGCCAGCUGUGGAACGCCAACCUCCUGCAGGCCCAGGAGCUGCAGCACCUCAGGACCCUCCUGGGAAGGAGUCAGGGGCCUAAGGAGGCCCGGCCGAGUUCUCCCAGGAACCAGGAGGCCCUUCACCAGGGAGCCUUGCGGGUCCCCAAGGUCCCCACCAAGGGUGUCUCUAAGACAUGCCUGAUUCUGAGCCAGAUGCCUGUUGGGGAGCGUGCCAUCCUGCCUGCACUGAAGCAGACCCUGAAGAACAGCUUCGCCGAGCGGCAGAGAAGGCUGCAGGCAGAGGGCCGGCGGCUGCACAGCUCUGUGCUCUGAGCGCCAUCCGGCCUUGUCCGCACAGGUCCGCUCAACCUGCAUCCAUAGACACCUGCCCUCUCUACCUAGCAUUUCAAAAUAUUUCUAGUACAUUUAAACCAAGUGGA